UGCGCGUGCGCGGCGCGCGUGCGCCCGUUNCCUCCGGUUCCGCUCUCCGCCGGCGCGGGCUGAAUGGGCUUCUGGUCCACAACCCCCGGCGGGUGGUUGGCGGUUCCUCACCUCCGCGAGCGCCAGUGACUCGCCCUCCCUGGGCCAGAAACCCUCCGCCUGGGCCCGCGCAGGAGGAGCGAGCGGGGCCUCUGCGGGCAGCGGCGACCCCGCCGGCCUCGGUCUCUUUCCCUGGCGGCGGCAUCUUCUACCGUAGGACAAUAUGUUCAAGAGAAUGGCCGAAUUUGGGCCUGACUCCGGCGGGAGAGUGAAGGGGGUUACUAUCGUUAAACCAAUAGUUUAUGGCAACGUUGCUCGAUAUUUUGGAAAGAAAAGAGAAGAAGAUGGGCAUACCCAUCAGUGGACAGUAUAUGUAAAACCAUAUAGAAAUGAGGAUAUGUCCGCGUAUGUGAAGAAAAUUCAAUUUAAGUUACAUGAAAGCUAUGGCAACCCUUUAAGAGUUGUUACUAAGCCUCCGUAUGAAAUUACUGAAACAGGAUGGGGUGAAUUUGAAAUAAUCAUCAAAAUAUUUUUUAUUGAUCCUAAUGAAAGACCUGUAACCCUGUAUCAUUUAUUAAAGUUGUUUCAAUCAGACACCAAUGCAAUGCUGGGGAAAAAGACAGUGGUUUCAGAGUUCUAUGAUGAAAUGAUAUUUCAAGAUCCAACAGCAAUGAUGCAACAGUUAUUAACAACAUCUCGUCAGCUAACAUUAGGAGCCUAUAAGCAUGAAACAGAAUUUGCAGAACUUGAGGUGAAAACCAGAGAAAAAUUAGAAGCUGCGAAGAAAAAAACAAGCUUUGAAAUUGCAGAGCUUAAGGAGAGAUUAAAAGCAAGUCGUGAAACUAUAAAUUGUUUAAAAAAUGAAAUCAGGAAACUUGAAGAAGAUGAUCAGACAAAAGAGAUAUAAGCAGUUCUGAAGAGAACGUGAUAGAAAACUGAACAGAAAAUCAGGUGGAGUGUAAAAGACGUGGACUGCAAAUGCUUCUUAGAACUGCAUACAUACCAUCGAUUUCUCAGCAAGGGGGUCAAAGUACUUGUGCUUUUCAAGCAAUAGUUAAUGUGAAAUAUAUGUACAUAAUAAACAUGAGUGCUGUAUAGGCAUUUUAUCAACCCAUUUUAGGGUAAUUAAACUUUUUAAAAUUACAUUGUAUAUAUAGCUUGUCCUUUUGACAGGCAUCAAAUUACAUUAUAAAAUAUAACUUAUACAUGUUUCGUACUUCCCUGGUAAUUAGAAUUAGUGGUAAAAUUAAUGUAUAUAUUUAAUUCCUUAAGUUCUUACCUGCCCUCAUCCUGAUUCUUUUGUAUUUGAUGUGCCAAUAACCAGUAAGUACUCAAUAAGUGGUUUACUGAUCCUUCUGCUUCAUUAUGUGUUUCUUCCUUUCCCUUUGAUGUUCCCAGAGCCCUCUCAUUACAAUUAAUGUAUCUUCAUACUAUUGUGAUCACCCAUCUCUUAUUGGCAUCCAUUGUAGUAUACAGAAGCUCUUUGAUGGCAAAGAUCGUAUCUUCAGUAGUUCUGCCUAACAACCUCAGUGGUAGUUUCCACAUAGAAAAGUUUAAUCCCUCAUGCAUGUUCCAAAGACACAUCGGAAGUACCUGUGCAUCAGCUUCACAUACUACCCCCAAUUUCUCUACCAUUUUCUCAAGCUCUCCUGUUCAAAUCCACAUGCUGAGCCCUCUACUUUCAGACUCACCUCCUGCAAUUUGAACAUUUAGUAGUACUUAAUAUUUAAGGCCAUGUUGGCAGAACCAUUUUGGCAACCUAGGGACAACAAUAGGAUAGUAUUUUGAGAAAUGUAACAUUAACACCCUUGUCGGGUAGCUCAGUUGGUUAGUGUCGUUCCUAUACACCAAGGUUGCAGGCUCCAUCUCCAGUCAGAAGCAACC